UAUCAAAUUUUCAUUGCAGCUCAUUGAGAUCGUUUUAAAUUGUGGUUUAAUCUCUGAAUCAUUCUAAAUGAUUGAAUCAAAAUAUGAAUCAACCAGAUGAUUUGUACAGAGAAGCUUUUGAUGAGUGGAACCAGAUCAAUGUGAUUCCAAUCAUUGACUUGUCUGGAGAGGAAUCAAGUGUUAACCAUGUCAACACUGAAGAAGCAAAUCAAAGUGAUUUAAGUGAGGGAAACGUCAACUUCGGUACACCAUUGAUAUACGACAAUGUUGGCCCGGUUUGCUUGGAAGAAGUUGAUCAAUAUUUUGGUCAACUUGAUCUAUCCCAAUAUGAAGACAAGAUAGUUCCAGUUAAACAUUACUCUUUCCUCCAGCGAAUCACUCGGAGAAUCACUUUUAAGGAAAAAUGUCUCAAAAAAAGCCUAAUAUCUGAGAGGAAUAAAAUUUUCUGCCUUGCUUUGGUUCCUUUCGACAACUGUAAUCCCUGGCAUUAUCGUUUUCUAAUCACAAUUUACCAACAAUUAACCAACUGUAAUCCAAACGAGCCAAUACCCAGAACAGGACCUCAUUGGGAAACCAUUGGUUUCCAAGGGAUUGACCCAGCAACCGACCUAAGAGGCGUCGGUAUAUUUGCUCUUUACCAGCUUCUCUAUCUAACUCUUUUACCUGAAUGUUCAUUAUUGUGCCAUGAUAUCUACUCUUUAUCAUUGGAUGCCAUUCAACAGUUUCCCUUUGCAGCAAUGAGCACAAACAUUACAGCCAUUGUCUUGCAGCUUUUACGCUCAGGAAAACUAAACAGAUAUUUAAACGCUCAAUGUAAUGCAUUGAAAGUGGCCAACAGUCUCUAUUGUGAUUUAUAUUACCAGCUAAUCAAGAUUUGGAGUGAAAAAAGAGCAACAAUUAAAGAUGCUGGUUUCAUAUUGAAAGAAGUCAAAAUUAAAUGCAACAAACAUCUGAAUAAAGUCAUUGGAAGCUCAGCUGGUUAUGGAGUUGGGAAAGAUGGUCGACUUCAGUUGAAACAAACCGAGUUGAUUCAAUUUUCAAAUCUUGGUAACGUUUUCGAUGACAAUUGAAUUCAGUAAAAGAUUCAGGGUUCAGGGCUGAGUAGACUUGAAAGUAAAGAAACAGCUGAACGGGAGGAAUUGAAGAGUGAAAAUUAAAAGAUGAUGAGAAAGGUUUAAUGUUAAUCAAAUGGUCAACAUGUUAAUGGACAAAUUGGUUUUGGUCUGUGAGAAACAGAUGAGCUGUUUAGAUACCAAAAGAGUAAGAAAAUGAUUGUACUGUAAAAAACAGUUCUAAUUAUCGUUCAUCAUCUUUCCUUGUUUCACAGAUCAUCUCAUCAUCUUUACCAGUUAACUUGAUUAGUGAGAAAAGGUUUAGUGAUGACCUUUUCAAUCUUUUAUUGGAUAAGGUCAAUAGAUGGAGGAAACCAAAAUUUUGAUGGAUAAAUAGAUUACUAUUGAAAGAGAUGAAAAUAAGCUUAAAAAGGAUUGUUCAAGGGAUUGAUACAAGUUGAUAUUAAAUUGUUAAUUUUAAUGUUCAAAUGUAUUAUAACUGUUAAGUAUUUGAUAAAAUUUGAAAGAUCAAUUUUGUUCCGGUAAAAUUGAAUCAAAUUGUUGAGGAGAGAAUGGAUUUUGAAGGGAAAAAGGAUAAAACAAAUUCACCUUUUUCUUGCCUUCAAAAAGAAGGCUAAAUAAUGGAUUUCAUUGUAAUAAUAAUUUUGGUUUUUGGUUAAAAAAAGGUCACUUUAUCUUGAAAUAUUACCUUUUCUCACCCAAGAAGGUAAAUGAUGAGUUGAGUGAGGUUUCUGGUUAAAUUGAUGGAUGUAUUAGUUAAAUACAAAGAUUGAAAGGUUGAAUCAAUUUUGAGAUAUUUUCAGGGAAUGGGUAACAAUAAGGUUAAAAUCUGGUAAACCUGAAAACCAGACAAUGGACAAGUUUAAUCAACAGAUGAGUAAAAUGAUUUCCCUGGUUAUUUGGGUUUGAUAUUUUUAACCCAAAUUUUCAUUUCUACCUUUUUUUGUGCGUUUUAUCCAGUGAUGUUGAUUAAAUGUGAAAAUAACGCAACAAAUGAUUAUAAUUAACCAUAAAUGAUGAUGAAGAAUGAUUUGCCUUAUUGCAAUUGAAAAAGAUGGUCAAAAGUUGUAUUACAUGAACAACAAUUGACCAACUCUAAUGAACCUAUCAUGCGUUUCAAAAGGAUAACAGUUUUUUUAUAUAUUUAUUUCAAUAAAAAUAUUUCUUCAAUUGAUUAAUGGUAUUUCCAUCAUUACAGUUAUUACUGUUGUUAUUACAUAUGAUUAACUGUUGUUAUUUUUGAGAGGAUUUUUUGUUUCACCAGUUUUUUCAUCAGGCCUAAGCCUUCUGAUUGGGUUCCGUUGGCAAGUUGAAGACCAGAAAUCGGGUAACUCUUGUUGACCUUUUUUUAGACGGACAAAUUUUUAGAUUUCAAACAAUGAACCAAUUUAGAUUUAAUUUUUUAUCAAUUUUUACUUUAAAAUUGGCUCUGAGCUUGGACAUUCAGUUAACCCAAUUAUUUGACUAUAUUUAACAAUUAAGGAUUGGCAGGGUUUAAUCAGAUUGAUGUAUUUAACAGCUGUAUAAUUGUACUAUCAAUUUUGUGAAUCAGUUGGUAUAAUUUGAGAGAGGAAAUUG